GCCAGCUCAAGGACCCGUAUUUAAAGAGACAGGCUCUUCAACUGCCAGUGGGCUGCCUGCGGCCUGUGGGCGCCUGGUCCGGAGGCGAGUGGUGGUCGCUGGAGCCGGGGAGGCAGCUAUAUGACUUUGGCCUUUAAGAUCCUCUUCCCAAAAAACUUGUGUGCACUUGGCCGAAGAGAACUGUGCCUGUUCCGAGAACAAUAUCACUGGCCUGACAUAAGGAAAUUCAGCCAGUGCUUGGAAACAGAUCUGCUACGUGGGCGUUGCCUCCUCCUGCGAAGAAAGCCUGUUCUGUCAUUCCAGGGAGCCCAUCUAAGACCACGUGCCACCUGCCUUGUUUUCUUGCCAGAGUCGCAUGUGGGACUCUGCAGUAGCCCCUGUAAGAUGGCCGAGCAACGGUUCUGUGUGGACUACGCCAAGCGCAGCACAGCCGGCUGCAAAAAAUGCAAGGAGAAGAUUGUGAAGGGCGUGUGCCGCAUAGGCAAGGUGGUACCCAAUCCCUUCUCCGAGUCUGGGGGUGACAUGAAAGAAUGGUACCACAUUAAGUGCAUGUUUGAGAAGCUGGAGAGGGCUCGGGCCACCACAAAAAAAAUUGAAGACCUCACAGAGCUGGAAGGCUGGGAAGAGCUGGAAGACAACGAGAAGGAACAGAUCACCCAGCACAUUGCAGAUCUGUCUUCUAAGGCAGCAGGCACACCAAAGAAGAAAGCUGUUGUGCAAGCUAAGUUGACAACAACUGGCCAGGUGGCAUCCCCAGGGAAAGGAGCGUCACUUGUCACCAACACCAAUCCCCGAAAGUUUUCUGGCUUUUCAGCCAAGCCCAACAACUCUAAUCAAGCCCCCUCAAGCCCCACCCGCAAGACAAGUCUGUCCUCAAGCAAAUGUGACCCCAAGCACAAGGAUUGUCUGCUACGGGAGUUCAGGAAGCUGUGUGCCAUGGUGGCUGAUAAUCCUAGCUACAACACGAAGACCCAGAUCAUCCAGGACUUCUUGCGGAAAGGCUCAGCAGGAGAUGGUUUCCGGGGUGAUGUGUACCUAACAGUGAAGCUGCUGCUGCCGGGUGUCAUUAAGAGUGUUUACAACUUGAAUGAUAAGCAGAUUGUGAAGCUUUUCAGCCGCAUUUUUAACUGUAACCCGGAUGAUAUGGCACGGGACCUGGAGCAGGGUGACGUGUCAGAGACGAUCAGAGUCUUCUUUGAGCAGAGCAAGUCUUUCCCUCCAGCUGCCAAGAGCCUCCUCACCAUCCAGGAAGUGGAUGAAUUCCUCCUGCGGCUCUCGAAGCUCACCAAGGAGGAUGAGCAGCAGCAGGCCCUGCAGGACAUCGCCUCCAGGUGUACGGCCAAUGACCUUAAGUGCAUCAUCAGGUUGAUCAAACAUGAUCUGAAGAUGAACUCAGGUGCAAAACAUGUGUUAGAUGCCCUCGACCCCAAUGCCUAUGAAGCCUUCAAAGCUUCACGCAACCUGCAGGAUGUAGUGGAGCGGGUCCUUCGCAAUGAGCAGGAGGUGGAGAAGGAUCCAGGACAGAGACGGGCUCUGAGUGUCCAGGCCUCGCUGAUGACGCCUGUGCAGCCCAUGCUGGCCGAGGCCUGCAAGUCCAUCGAGUAUGCAAUGAAGAAGUGUCCCAACGGCAUGUUCUCUGAGAUCAAGUAUGAUGGCGAGCGAGUUCAGGUGCAUAAGAAUGGGGACUACUUCAGCUACUUUAGCCGCAGUCUCAAGCCUGUCCUGCCUCACAAGGUGGCCCACUUUAAGGACUACAUCCCCAAGGCUUUUCCUGGAGGCCACAGCAUGAUUUUGGACUCUGAGGUGCUCCUAAUUGACAACAAGACAGGCAAACCACUGCCCUUUGGGACUCUAGGAGUGCACAAGAAAGCUGCUUUCCAAGAUGCUAAUGUCUGCCUGUUUGUUUUUGAUUGUAUCUACUUUAAUGAUGUCAGCUUGAUGGACAGGCCUCUGUGUGAGCGGCGGAAGUUUCUUCAUGACAACAUGGUUGAAAUUCCCAACCGGAUCAUGUUCUCAGAAAUGAAGCAAGUAACAAAAGCUUCAGACUUGGCUGAUAUGAUAAACCGGGUGAUCCGGGAGGGCUUGGAAGGGCUGGUGCUGAAGGAUGUAAAGGGUACAUAUGAGCCCGGAAAGCGGCACUGGCUGAAAGUGAAGAAAGACUAUUUGAAUGAGGGGGCCAUGGCUGAUACAGCUGACCUGGUGGUUCUUGGGGCCUUCUAUGGACAAGGAAGCAAAGGUGGUAUGAUGUCGAUCUUCCUCAUGGGCUGCUAUGACCCUAGCAGCCAGAAGUGGUGCACAGUCACAAAGUGUGCAGGAGGCCAUGACGAUGCAACCCUUGCCCGCCUACAGAAGGAACUGGACAUGGUGAAGAUCAGCAAGGAUCCCAGCAAAAUACCCUCCUGGCUGAAGAUAAACAAGAUCUACUAUCCUGACUUCAUCGUUCCAGACCCAAAGAAAGCUGCUGUAUGGGAGAUCACAGGGGCAGAAUUCUCCAAAUCUGAGGCUCACACCGCUGAUGGGAUAUCCAUCCGAUUUCCCCGCUGUACCCGAAUCCGAGAUGAUAAGGACUGGAAAUCUGCCACUAACCUCCCCCAACUCAAGGAACUGUAUCAGCUGUCCAAGGAGAAGGCCGACUUCACUGUGGUAGCUGGAGAUGAGGGAAGCUCCACUAAAGGAGGCAGCAAUGGCGAGAACGAGGGCACUUCUGGGUCUGCUGCAUCCCGCAAGGUCCCCAGAGCCUCCCCCAACAAACCCUUUCCCAGUGCCCAGAAGGCUGAAGGGAAGCUGAGGAUCCCCAACAGCAAAGGCAAUAAGCCUACCACAAAGUCUUCAGUGAAAGUUGGGGAGAAGAGGAAAGCUACUGAUGAGAUGCCAUACCAAGCAAAGGUGCUGCUGGACAUCUUCACUGGGGUGCGGCUCCACUUGCCACCCUCCACCCCAGACUUCUGCCGUCUCAGACGCUACUUUGUGGCAUUUGAUGGGGACCUAGUGCAGGAAUUUGACAUUGCCUCAGCCACACAUGUGCUGGGUAGCAGGGACAAGAACCCUGAGGCCCAGCUGGUCUCCCCAGAGUGGAUUUGGGCAUGUAUACGAAAACGGAGGCUGGUAGCUCCCUGCUAGGACUCAGGUCUUCCUGCCCCCUUGGGACAUCUGCACCCUUACCACACUACUCUGCCAGCCUUAGCCUGGUGGUAGGUAGGUGGAGGAACAGGGGGUUGUCCUUUCGUCUUCAGGCAGCAGUCUUCCAAAAUCUGCCAAGUCUUCAUGGUCUCUUCUGGAGCAGGAAUUAUUUGCUGUGGGCACAAGUCAAUUUCUCUUGCUGUUUUAGAUCUCAUAUCUGGGUGCUGGCUUUGUCAUUUUUGUUUUCUUCAAAAAGCUGAGUUAUUUUUAUAAAUGAAACAACCUGCAGCAUCUGUCCUUCCCCCACCAUUCCCUUAGUUUCCUUAGUGGUCAAGGAGUGAAGGCUGGGCUACUAAAGCUGGCGGCAGACUUCUCGCUGCCUCAUUUUACUUCCAUUCCUUUUAAAGCUGUAUUUAAAAGACCACCCCAAGAAAUGCAUCUUACAUUUGGCAAAACUUAACUAUCUUUUGAAAGAGAACAAAAUUAAUUUUGAUGACUUUAUUCUCCAUGUUCUCUAUUACAGGGGAAGGACUAGGAUUGGGUGGAAAUGAGGCCUGUGUAUGGGGAGGGAGGUUAUUUGGGCUACUAGGGUGGGGUUAUAGAGGCUCCAAAAAGAUCAACCUGCCUUCUCAAAAUCUGGAAAUAAAUGCCUUUUAAGAAUACAGA